AUGCAUCCAAGAAAUAUUUACAACAAGGAGCCGGAUUUUGGCAUAUUGGCCAAAGAGUUUGCAUCAUUCAGGCCAUUUGUUAAGCAGACUGGAAGUGGUAGAAGUUAUAUUGAUUUCAAGAACCCUGACGCCAACAGACAACUAUGCAAAUGUCUGUUGAAGAAAGAUUUCGAGCUGGAUGUCGAUUUCCCUCUGGAUACAUUAUGCCCUGCUGUACCCAAUCGACUGAACUACAUCUUAUGGCUGGAGGAUUUGAUCGAGGACACACUAUCUAGCAUAAAAGACUGUCUUGGUAUUGACAUUGGUGUUGGAGCUUCCUGUAUAUACCCUUUACUUGGAUGUGCGACAAAUCCCACAUGGCGCUUUCUAGGCACAGAAAUCAGCCAAAGAUCAGUAGACAUUGCACGACAAAAUGUAGAAAGAAAUCACCUUGACAAGCAAAUCACAAUCAAAUACAAUCCAGAGCCACGCAGAAUAUUUCUAGUGGAGGAGAAUACAAAAUACACAUUCAGCAUGUGCAAUCCACCAUUUUACAGCAGCCAGGAAGAGAUCGACCAAGGCUUGCUCAACAAAGAAUUGGAGCCAUCAGCAAUUUGUACUGGAUCCGAUAACGAGAUGAUUACCAAGGGCGGCGAGUUUGCCUUUAUCAAGCUCAUGGUCAUGGAAAGCCUGCAAUUGCAGCAACAAAUACACUGGUAUACAAGCAUGAUUGGGAUGAAAAGAACGAUCCGGCCUUUGGUGCGAUUAUUAAACGACCAAGGCAUCACCAACUACACAAUCACAAAUUUUACUCAGGGCAAAACUGUACGAUGGGCUAUUGCAUGGUCGUUUCAUCCUGAGCGUCCUGUUCAUGUGCAUGCCAUUGAGACAUGGCGGCCUGUUUAUCAAUUCGAGAUCAAGCUGCCCAAGGAAAUAGCAUUUGUGCAAGACUGUACAAACGAUAUAUUGCAAGAUUUGGAGAUUGAUUACUCGGUAGAGGAGGAGGAUGUGGAUGAGAUCAUUUUAUCUUGCACUGCACCUAAAAACACAUGGUCAAGAGCAGCAAGACGUCAGAAAAAAAGACAAAAACUACAAAAAGAAGACCCUAUUGAUACCAACACGGCAAUGGAGACUCAAGAGCCUUUUGUGUUUCGAUUGGAUGUGUCCAGCAGUCGGUCGAAAUCGAGCACUUGGUAUCAGAUUGUGUGGCUGUCAGGAGGAAAUAAGCAGCAAUUUGAAGGCUUUUGGUCGCAUUUGAGAAAGAGAGUGGAGGAGCAAUGCGGCAUUCAUAGUGGGACAAGAUUUAACAAGUGA